GGGUGCCCUGGCGCAGAGCUUUGUUUACCCAGCUCUGCACAAACACUCAGACGCAAAAGCAGCCGUUCUCCUAUCCCCGAGGGAGGAGCAACCGGAGCCCGAGUCUCCGGGGAGGCAGAGGCAGCCCAGCCUGCCAGGCAACUCCAUCGAGCAGAAGGAAGAGCCCGGCAGCAGCCGGCGCCUGCCAAGCUGCCCACCCGCGCCAGCCGCAGCCGCAGCCGCAGCUCUGGGAAGCGCCCGCUCUCUGCGGGGACCCGGAAUGGCAGCCUCCCCCCUGGUAGCCCAGCUGGUGGUCUAGGAGGCGCGGCGGGAAGCGCCCAAACGAUGGUGGUGAGGAUGCACGCGGAGUGCCAGGCAUGGGCCAGCUUCGAGCCACCAAGCGGGGCCUCCUCGUGGGCGCGGCCGCCUGUGUCUGCGUCUUCCUGUAUCUGAGGAGCUCGCCUCCCGAGGCCGCCCAGGCGGAGCCCCCCUACCCGGCCGCCCUGGAAUGCGGCUUCUACCCAGACGAACUGUGCUCAGCUCUCUUUGAAGGGAAAAAAGCGGCCCCCCAGAUCGCCACGUUCUGCACAAACCAGCCCGCACCCGACAUCCUUGGGUAUGUACACGACGCGGGAAACUGCUCCCGGAUGUCCCGGGGGCUGCGCUUCAUAACCACCCCCCUCUCCGCCGAGGAGGGGAACUUCUCCCUGGCUUACAUCGUAACCCUCCGCGAGGAGCUGGCCAUGUUUGUGCAGCUCCUCAGGGCUAUCUACGCGCCACAAAACCUUUACUGUAUCCACGUGGACGGAACGGCCCCACGGGAGUACACCAGGGCGGUGCGGGCCCUGGCCGCCUGCUUUGGAAACAUCUUCAUCUCACCACGGACACAAGAGGCGGCUCACACUGACCGUGGGAGACUGCAGGCGGAUAUCGACUGUAUGAAAGAUCUGGUCCAAUCCAAACGGCGGUGGAAAUAUGUCAUUAACCUUUGUGGCCAGGAUUUCCCCAUCAAAACCAACAGAGAAAUCAUCCACUAUCUCAGGAGCAAGUGGAAUGACAAAAACAUCACUCCCGGAGUGGCGUCCACAGGGCAGGCCCGGGCCCGGCCGGGUCCAGGCCCUCCGGAGCCCAGCCCGGGAGGUGGCCACGCGUCUCCCACGGAAGGAUUCGGGCGGGAGCCACCCCACAACGUGACCGUGUACGUGGGCAGUGCCUACUACUUGCUCACGAGGAGGUUUGUGGAGUUCGUGCUGACGGACGGCCGCGCCAAGGACGUGCUGCAGUGGGCCCGGGCCACUCUCAGCCCGGCGCAGCACUACUGGGGGACCCUCAACCGACUCAAAGACGCCCCCGGGUCCACACCAGACGCUGGCUGGGAAGGGAACCUUCGAGCCGUCAAGCGGAGAGCAGAGGAAGGAAAGGUUCACGAUGGAUGUAAAGGCCACUAUGUCCAAGACACCUGUGUGUAUGGACCGGGAGACCUGGCCUGGCUCAUCCAAUCGCCUUCUCUGUUUGCCAGCAAAUUCGCGCCAUCCUCCGAGCCCCUCGUGGUCACGUGCCUGGAGAGGCGGCACCGGCUUCGGGUCCUGGCACAGGCGGAGGUCCCUACACAACCACACUGGCAUUUCCAACCAGAGAGUCACUUCAACAUGAAGCUGCGCCGCUAA